GUCUCCCCAGCCGGGCCCUGCAAGCGCGGGAGCCCCAAGCGUCGCAGCAGCGCCGCCGCCCGGCAGCCGCUGGGUGCCUCGGCGAGCACGCCGAGCAUGCCCACGCUGCUGGGGCGCCACCGCUAGCGCAGGUGGCGCGCGGGCGCAGGACGUCAGCCAUGGGGCAGUACAGGUCGGCGGAUGACGUGAUCAGCAUGAGAAGCCCACUGAUGCUCGGAGAUCUGGCGACUCCCCACAUGAAGUGGCGAGACACCUGUGCGAACGCAGACGCCACUGGUCGACUCCUAGAUCGGCUUCCUCGGAAGGACAGCGCAGGCGUGUAG